GAGUGGUCAUUAUUUUGGUAAAACUAAAUCAAGAUUUUUAGAUCUCUUCUCUCUCUCUCUCUUCCGAUCCAAGUAAUCUCCUCGCUGUGUUCAACAACAGUCUCGAGCGCCGACAAUUUACUUUACAUAAUCUCGAUCUGAGUUUUUCUCGCCUCAAGAUCCGAUAUCAAUUUGCUUCCACUUCCAAUUGAUUCAGUGGCGUUCUGAGCAUCCUUCUGAAUUGUGCUUUUCAUUGAUGUUAUGAUAUGGUUUCCAAGCUUGGAAGCUAGGGUUUCUCUUGGCCAUGGCAACCUCCCAAACUCCGAGUUGGCGGGAGGGUAUGUCCUCUGAUAACAUUAAGGGCUUGGUUCUUGCUCUUUCCUCUAGUUUCUUUAUUGGUGCUAGCUUCAUUGUUAAGAAAAAGGGCUUGAAGAAAGCCGGCGCUUCAGGAGUCAGAGCAGGAGUUGGAGGCUAUUCUUACUUAUACGAGCCGCUAUGGUGGGUGGGCAUGAUUACAAUGAUUGUAGGAGAAAUUGCUAAUUUUGCGGCUUAUGCAUUUGCUCCAGCGUUACUGGUUACUCCACUUGGUGCUCUCAGCAUAAUUAUCAGUGCAGUACUUGCACAUAUUAUUUUGCGGGAGAGGUUGCAUAUUUUUGGAAUUCUUGGAUGCGUUCUUUGUGUAGUGGGUUCCACAACCAUUGUGCUCCAUGCUCCUCAAGAACGUGAAAUUGAAUCUGUAACUGAAGUGUGGCAAAUGGCCAUGGAGCCAGCCUUUCUGUUGUAUGCAGCAUCGGUCAUGACAACUGUGUUUAUACUCAUAUUCCACUUUAUACCACAAUAUGGCCAGACUCACAUUAUGGUUUACAUUGGUGUAUGUUCCCUUGUAGGAUCUUUGUCGGUCAUGAGUGUCAAAGCAAUAGGAAUUGCCUUGAAGCUAACAUUGUCAGGAAUGAACCAGUUAAUAUAUCCUCAAACGUGGAUAUUUACUUUAGUUGUGAUUACUUGUGUGCUCACCCAGAUGAAUUAUUUAAACAAGGUUGUUUCAAGAGUAGACCUUAAUACUCAAGAGGGAUCAAGACUAAGAGGAGAUUACUGUAGUAGUGUUGUGGUGAGUGUUGUGCUGCCAAAAUGAAGAAAAUUAGGGUCAUCUCUUCAUUCAACGUAAGUUAGUUCUUCCAGCUUGUUUUGCUAUAAUGAGUUUGGAAUGAUGCGGGUUGUUCACAGUUAUAUGAAGGAAUUGGUACAGGGUUGGGGUCUACAUUGGUUAAGAACUUCCACCUCUUUUGAUCUCUCAUAACUGUUAAUCGCACUUGCACUUCCCCCACCCACCUUUUUUUUUUUUAAUUUGUGCUUUUUGUUUGCUCUUGCCCUUUGUUUCUUGUGGUAUUGGGUUUUUGUAAGUUUCUUCAUCUUAGUGGAAGAGGAGUUUCAGUAUUUGGAAAAGACUUGUGGAAAGAGAUUUGGAACAGAGAGUGCCUGAAAAAAAAAAAAAAAUCUUCUACAUUUGAUCCAUAUGCUGGAAAGGAGUCCACACGUAUGAAAGAACAUAAAUGUCAUCCAAACACCUUAAUUUCUCCUAUCUGGUGCUUCCUUGCAAAAAUGGGGGUGAAACUUUAGAUCACUCAUUCUCUAA